CCUCCUCAAGCUCACCCAUCUGUGAUGUGAGAAAGAGCAAAGCCACAGAGGGCUGAUUUGGGGGCAACAGCUAACAGGAGCUCUGACUGGGACCCAGGGCCAGGUCUUCAACACACAACCAUCAGGAUUCCUUAACGCCCAGCAGGAGGGAGCUCAGCCACAGAUAACUGACCUCCAUGCAAAUAUCUGCAUUUUCUGCCCAGAGCUAAUUUGGACAAUAACCACAGAUCGGUGGCCACGCCAGGCUUGGAUUGCAGCACAGAUGUGGUCAUCUCCACCCCAGGCAUCCCUUGUCUAGGCUGGACUCUGCAUGGGUAAAGACUUCUUGGCAAGCCCAGCAGAAGCAUCUCACCCCAUGGAGAGAUGCUUGGUGAUGGAGGCAGCCAAUGGCUCUGAGGAUGGCUUGGAUUUCAACCCCAUGAAGGAUUACAUGAUCCUGAGCAGUCACCAAAAGAUAGCUAUUGCAGCGUUGUGCACCACCCUGGGCCUGCUAAGUGCCCUGGAGAACCUGGCUGUGCUCUACUUAAUCCUGUCCUCCCACCGGCUCCGCAAGAAGCCCUCGUAUCUGUUCAUAGGAAGCUUGGCUGGGGCUGACUUCCUGGCCAGUGUGAUCUUUGCCUGCAACUUUGUAAAUUUCCACGUCUUCCAUGGCGUGGAUUCCAAGGCUGUCUUUCUGCUGAAGAUCGGCAGCGUGACCAUGACCUUCACAGCCUCUGUAGGCAGCUUGCUGCUGACCGCCAUUGACCGCUACCUCUGUCUGCGCUACCCACCUACCUACAAAGCCCUACUCACCCGUGGGAGGGCACUGCUGACACUGGGCAUCAUGUGGGUCCUCUCAGCAUUGGUCUCCUACCUGCCCCUCAUGGGAUGGACUUGCUGUCCCAGUCCGUGCUCUGAGCUUUUCCCCCUGAUCCCCAAUGACUACCUGCUGGGCUGGCUCCUGUUCAUCGCCUUCCUCUUCUCUGGCAUCAUCUACACCUAUGGGCACGUCCUCUGGAAGGCCCAUCAGCAUGUAGCCAGCUUGGCUGAGCACCAGGGCAGGCAGGUGCCAGGAAUGGCCCGGAUGAGGCUGGAUGUGAGGUUGGCCAAGACCCUAGGGGUGGUGCUGGCUGUGCUGCUCGUAUGCUGGUUCCCGGUACUAGCCCUCAUGGCCUACAGCCUGGCCACCACGCUAAGUGACAAGGUCAAGAAGGUCUUCGCCUUUUGCUCCUUGCUCUGUCUUGUCAACUCCAUGGUCAACCCCAUCAUCUAUGCCCUGCGGAGUGGGGAGAUCCGCUCCUCUGCCCACCACUGCCUGGCCCGCUGGAAAAAGCGCCUGAGGGGCCGUGGGGCUGAAGGAAAAGAAGAGGUCCCCAGGUCCUCAGUUUCUGAGACGGAGGCUGAUGUGAAAAUCACCCAGUGGCCAGAUUCCAGAAGUCUAUACUGCUGAUGUGAACUCUUUCACGGUUUUAAACAAGCCAAGACAGAAAUCAUUUCACGCUCUGGAGGAGAGGGAGCAGUCUUGACCCUCUCAUCUUAUUUGAUCCAGCCCCGGGGGUCUGGACACUUGCCCUUUUUCUCUGAUGAGUGUUGGCACUGACCCCUGGAGGGUAGCCUGGUCAUGCCUAUCUGCACACAGUCUGUUGGAUAGCUAGACCCUGUGAGGAGUGUCAAGGUGGGCAGGAGGCAAGAGGCCUGGGCCAGCCUCAGUACAUGUCAGGUCAGGAAAACCUCAACAAGAUGGCUUAGUGCCUGCAUUCUCCAGAGACCACAGGAGCCAGAGGGCGCCUUCAGGCUCAGCAAUGAGGGACCUGAAGGAAAUCUGAGAAGAAGAAUGGGUUCUUCUCCUGGGAUCUCAGAGCAUUAAAUGGACGGCCAGCCAGUCCUUGGUCCUGCUUAGCUGGUGGGGCCUCCUUGGUUCUGGAGCACGAAAGGCCCCACUUUAGGUAGCCCUUUCCAACAGAGGACCAAGAGCUGAGAUGCGAUGAGGAUCAAGGCUGUUGGUCCACCUCUUUCAGAGGUAACUGACAAGCCUCCAGUUCAGGUCACCUUGUUAUUGGGGUAGUGGCCCUUCUUGGCACCCUGAUCAUCCCCACCCACAGACACUGUGGCCUCUUAGAUCUCUGGGGAACACAGAGGGAGCUGGGAUCAUUUGAGACACGGAAUCUUCAGAGAAUUUUAUUGACCCUAUGAAGCCCUAUUUGGCGGUACCACUGGAAGCAGGCAGUUUUGCAGUCUAACCCAACUCCAAGAAAAAGGGAGAUAUUCACAAAUAUUUUAUAAAUCCCCCAAUUGUUUCCAUGCACCUCUUUGUCUCUUCGACACCUCUAUAACAAAUCAUAAACACAGCAAGUGGGAGGAGGGGGAAGUUCCUUUACUAUGUGCGAAGCACAGGGCUGACAUCCCGCAGUCCAUUAUCUCCAGCAAGAACACAGCCCCGGGCUUUUGAAGAUCCCAGGACAUCACAUUUUACAUAUCAGGGAGGCUAGGUUCCUACAAGAGGGGCUUAAAACAGUAAGCAAGAAAAAUUGUUGGUGAUGGGAGGAUUACAAAGAAUUCUAAUGCAAUUAUUUGGGGCCACAGACAGAAUAAAAGAAAAGAUGCUGAUUAAACAUGUCUUCAUUUAAUACUUUACAAGAUACGGUGUCGGGCCAGCCAAAGGGCUCAGUUGGUUAAGAGCUGGCUUGGGAGCGUGAGCUCUGAACAACAGGGUCACCAGUUCGGAUCCCACAUGGGCCAGUGAUGCUGCGCCCUUUACAGCUAAGAUGGUGAACAACAGCUCGACCGGGAGCUGGACUGCCGAGAGUGGCCGGCGACGGUGCAGGCUGCCGUGGGGCUGCAGUGGGCUGCCAUGAGCUACCUUGAGUGGCCAGCUGCCAGCGAAGCAGCAAUGAGCCACCAUGAGCGGCCAUCCACUGGCCGCCGACUGACA